AUGCUAACUGCAACCUUCGCGAGGACCACUUCAUAUCGGUAUGCCGGCCGAGUACACUCAUUACAGGCGAGAAGAACAUCACGCUCGUCCCGAAAAUUCGCGUCUGCAGCAAUUCAGAGCCUCACAGAUGGCUUUCUCGACCUAGCCAUCGCAUUGCCAUUGCCUCCCGGCUUGCCACCAUACUCCACCACGAUCAUACUGGUGACGGCCGUCUCCCGUCUCAUCUUCACCGUACCAUUUUCUAUCUGGGCUAAGAAUCGACAAUGGAGGGCAGAGAACUUCGUCAUCCCACAACUCCGGCAGGAGAUGCCACAGCUGUACCAACGUGCGAUUCGGGACAUGAAGACGGAUGGCUUUAGAGGAGAUGAGGAUGCAGCGCGAGCAGAGGUCAACAAGAGAACGAAACCACUUGCUGAAGUCAGGAAGAAGGAACUACUGGCGUUACAUCGAUGUUCUCCCCUGCCAAGUAUGCUUAUACCGCCACUGACCCAGCUGCCAUUGUUUGUCGGGUUCAGCAUGGUGCUCAAUAAUGCCUCAAAAUCGCCUACUGUCUUCGACACUGAACAGUUUGCCACUUUGACGUCGCUGGUGCAUUCCGACCCGACUUUGACCUUGCCGAUUGUGCUCGGCCUCGUAACGUUAGCCAACGUCGAGUCAGCAAGGUGGUUCCUCGACGCCGCAACGCUUGAGAGGCAGAAAAAGACAGCCAAGUGGGUCGCUGCGAGAAGGGCCAAGGGAGAGACCGUCGUGGAGCCCCAUAAAGUCAUCCAGUCAAGUCUUCGAGCGCUGUCCGUUGCCCGUAUUCUGAUAGCAGCCGUCGUUCCCGGAAGCAUUCAAAUUUACUGGGUAGCGUCUGCUACGUUCGGUCUCAUUCAAUCAUGGGUUCUCGACUGGUGGGAUGCCAGAAGAACGCGCAAAUACAAGCAAGUCUUGGCAGUAAAGUCCGCACCAAAGCGGUGAACACGACGAGAACUAAACAGUCAAG